CAUUUGUGGGGCUGCAGCUCCAUAUUUUCUUGUUGCUCCCUUUGAACUGCCAUGCCUGUCUGCAUAGACUGGUUCACCACAUGCAGCCCUUAGAGUCAGGACCUGUCUGCUGGGGUGUCAUUGGGCUUGUAGUUUUGAAAAUUGGAGCUCAGUUUCCUCACUGUUGUCUUUUUUUUUUUAUUUUCUUCUUCUUCUUUUUCUAAUUGAAGCACUCUGAAAAUUGAGUUAGGACAACAGAAGUUCUCUGUCCUCCUGUUCUAGACACUGUUCAGAGAAAGCAAGCUGUUCACCAAUGGGAAAACGAAACUUUAAUUUUGUUAGCCACACACGCUGGCUGACACGGAGAUAGAAGAAAUGUACCCAAAGGCGGCAAAUCCUAAAACUUUCCCAAAUUUAAAACCAGCAAACUAACCAGCUCAAACCUCUGCCUCCUUUAGGGAGCCUUUUCCUUCUACAAUCCCACAGUCCUCUGCCAAAUAGGUCCACGUACUUGAAAAUUUUUGUUACAGGCCAUCUGCUCUGGCAGGGUAGGUUUUAGCAAAUUAGCAAUGAAUUUGCUACGGUGUUCAUUUGUCUUCUGCUUCUAGCAGAAACUAAAGUUACUGAAUGAGCAAGUGCUAAUGCAGCCCCCCUCAGAGACAUCAGAACUUCGGCUGUCCAAGGCCAGUUACCUGUAAUGGCUAGGAUGGGACAGUGAAUAGUGGGGACAUUUGCAAAGAAAGGACUUUCUGAGCUGCCUCUGCCCCUACUCUGCCCCUCUCUUCCCUUCCUCCCUCCUUUCUCUCCCUCUCACUUUUUCCUUCCUUCCUCUAUCCCUCUUUCCUUCCCUUUACUUUUUCAUAGUUAAAGAAAGGAGCAGGAAGUAAAUAAGUAAACAAUAAGUGAUUUGUGAGCACAUCAGAGGGAAAGAAGUGCCAGGGAUUUUUAGGGUGGGGGAAACAAUAAUGGAAUUAAUGUCUGAAAAGCCACUUCCUGUCUGGGGAGCAAUGUGCUGUGAGUGUGGAGAGGCAGGGGGCAGCAGCAGCAGUCCUUAGUACUGCCUUGCAGGCAGCUCAGGAGCUUGCAGCAAGGGUACCUGGCAGGAACCUGAGCAGAGGGGUGGCUGCUGCUGCUGCUACCACGACUACUACUUCUGUUCGUUGUUAAUUUGAAGCCUAAAUGUGCUGACCCUGGGAAGUUCUUGGUUAAAAGUAGAUCCCAGGGCCUAAAACCUCAUUGUUUCAAUUUGCAUCUGGGAGAAUGUCUGAGCAAGGAGAACUGAACCCGGCCAUAGUGGAGGAAGGACGGACUGAGCCAGAGUCCGCCCCAGAAAAUGGCAUCCUUAAAUCGGAAAGUCUGGAUGAAGAAGAGAAGCUGGAACUCCAGCGACGACUGGCGGCUCAAAACCAAGAGAGAAGGAAAUCCAAGUCAGGAGCAGGCAAAGGGAAGCUGACCCGAAGCCUGGCUGUCUGCGAAGAGUCUUCAGCUAGACCUGGAGGGGACAGUCAUCAAGACCAGGAAUCUAUUCAUUUACAGCUUUCCAGUUUCCCCAGCCUGCAAGAGGAGGAUAAAUCUAGGAAGGAUGAUUCUGAGAGAGAAAAAGAAAAGGAUAAAAACAGAGAUAAAUCUGAGAAACCCAAGAUCAGAAUGUUAUCAAAAGACUGCAGCCAAGAGUACACGGAUUCCACCGGCAUAGACUUACACGAGUUCCUGAUUAACACUCUGAAGAACAAUUCCAGGGACAGGAUGAUACUCUUGAAAAUGGAGCAGGAAAUGAUUGAUUUCAUUGGUGACAGCAAUAACCACUAUAAAAAGUUCCCGCAGAUGUCAUCAUAUCAGAGAAUGCUGGUCCAUCGGGUGGCAGCCUACUUCGGAUUGGACCACAACGUGGAUCAAACUGGAAAAUCUGUCAUCAUCAACAAGACGAGCAGCACCAGAAUACCAGAGCAAAGGUUUUGUGAACAUUUAAAAGAUGAAAAAAGUGAAGAAUCCCAGAAGCGGUUUAUCUUGAAGCGAGAUAACUCUAGUAUUGAUAAAGAAGACAAUCAGCAAAACAGAAUGCAUCCAUUUAGAGAUGACAGACGAAGUAAAUCAAUUGAAGAGAGAGAAGAGGAAUAUCAGAGAGUGAGGGAGAGAAUAUUUGCACAUGAUUCAGUUUGCUCCCAGGAAAGCCUAUUUUUGGACAACAGUAGGCUCCAAGAAGGCGUUCACAUAUGCAAUGAGACCUAUAAGAAAAGACAGCUCUUUCGGGGUAACAGAGACAGUUCUGGAAGAACUUCUGGGAGCCGACAGAGCAGUUCAGAGACUGAGCUCAGGUGGUCCGACCAGCAGCGGGCCUGGAGCAGCACAGAUUCUGACAGCUCCAACCGCAAUCUGAAGCCCACCAUGACCAAGACAGCAAGUUUUGGGGGCAUCACGGUGCUGACCAGGGGCGACAGCACAUCCAGUACCAGGAGUGCUGGGAAACUAUCCAAAACAGGUUCUGAGUCUUCCAGCAGUGCAGGCUCCUCAGGAUCGUUGUCCCGCACUCACCCGCCUCUACAGAGCACGGCCCUGACCUCUAGUGUGGCAGCUGGUUCUCCUGGCUGUAUGCCCUAUUCAGAGAAUGGAAUGGGGGGCCAGGUCACUCCCAGCAGCACCAGCUACAUCCUCCUUCCACUUGAAACUGCAACUGGCAUCCCACCUGGAAGCAUCCUUCUUAAUCCACACACAGGUCAGCCCUUUGUGAACCCGGAUGGAACUCCUGCAAUAUAUAAUCCUCCUGGAAGUCAGCAGACGCUGCGUGGCACUGUUGGUGGGCAGCCCCAGCAGCCCUCACAGCAGCCAUCGCCUCAGCCUCAGCAACAGGUCCAGCCAUCACAGCCCCAGAUGGCAGGGCCACUGGUCACUCAGUCUGUCCAGGGCCUGCAGCCAUCUCCCCAGUCUGUGCAAUAUCCAGCGGUCUCUUUCCCUGCCCAGCAUCUCCUGCCUGUGUCGCCAACACAGCACUUCCCCCUGAGAGAAGAAGUGGCCGCACAGUUCAGCCAGCUGAGCAUGAGCCGGCAGUCCUCCGGAGACACCCCUGAACCUCCCUCCGGUACAGUCUACCCUGGCUCCCUCAUGCCACAGCCAGCUCAGCCACCAAGCUACGUCAUUACUUCUGCAGGCCAGCAGCUCUCCACCGGGGGCUUCUCGGACUCUGGCCCUCCAAUCUCCCAGCAGGUCCUUCAGGCCCCACCCUCUCCCCAGGGAUUUGUACAGCAAUCUGCACCUGCACAGAUGCCUGUAUAUUACUAUCCAUCCGGUCAGUACCCUACCUCAACCACACAGCAGUACCGACCCCUGGCCUCAGUCCAGUACAGCGCUCAGCGGAGUCAGCAAAUACCACAGACAGCACAGCAGGCAGGCUACCAGCCAGUCUUGUCUGGUCAGCAGGGUUUCCAAGGCCUGAUGGGAGUACAGCAGUCACCUCACAGCCAGGGUGUGUUGAGCAGCCAGCAAGGAGCCCCAGUGCAGGGCGUUAUGGUCUCCUACCCAACCAUGUCUUCUUACCAGGUGCCAAUGACCCAAGGUUCUCAAGCAGUGCCCCAGCAGACAUACCAACCGCCAAUCAUGCUGCCCAAUCAGGCAGGCCAAGGGUCACUCCCAGCCACCGGAAUGCCUGUGUACUGUAACGUCACGCCACCAAGCCCUCAGAACAACCUAAGGCUGAUGGGUCCACACUGCCCUUCCAGCACGGUCCCUGUCAUGUCUGCUAGCUGCAGGACAAACUGUGCAAGCAUGAGCAAUGCGAGUUGGCAGGUCAAGUUCUGAGAACUCAGGCUGCCUGCGGUCCACUUCAUCAGAUGUUAACUCAUGGCCUUCACAGGAAGAGGAGGCUAGGGCGACUGGCCAAGGACUUCUGUAUUCACUCAACACUCAAAUGAUUGCUGCUGGUGUUCUGUACAAACUAAUCAAAGACUAAUACACACAUUAGCUGGUUAAUGGUGCAUAUUUCUGUCAUGUCUGCUAGGUACGCCUUUCUAGCUUAGCUAGUGACAUGAGUUCAUCAAGGUAAGAUUUUCUCCUACCACUGAAUACCACUGUGUAGAUUACAAUAUCCCUGAUUCGGAUUAGUUUUGUACUUUGUGUUGAGUUUGUGAUGCUAAAGUAUUUAAAAAUAUAUAAACUAAAUCACACUGUACCAAAGCUGUAAUGGAAAAGAAAAGAGCUAAGGAAUGGAAGGAAUAAUUUAUAUACACUAUAGAGUUUUCUUUUUUAAAUGGAUAUAUAUGGUAUGUAGUGUUUAAUCAAAAUAAAAGCUUAUUUGACCUUGUGGAGGAAGGUCAUGUUUUUACCACCA